AAGAGCUGCUCUCGUUUCCUCCCAUCUCACCUUGAGUCGCUUGUCAUCGAACUUGAACAACAGGACUUUUGCUAGUAGUGAUAGUAUGGCUGCAAAGAGCGAUGCACAGAUUGUUUUGUACACGCAGACUACCCCGAACGGGAUCGUACCUGCGAUCUUCCUUGAGGAGCUGAAGGCUAAGUACGGACAGCCCGACUACGAUGUCGUCUCCAUGAGCAUCCGCGACGCCGACAUUGGCAAAGUACACAACCAAGUCAAGUCUCCCUGGUACCUUGAACUCAAUCCUAACGGCAAAAUCCCUACAAUCACACACGAAGGCUUCCCCGUAUUCGAGACUUCUGCUAUCCUCUUGUACCUCGCUCAACAAUACGACAAGGAGAAUAUCUUCUCGCGUGAUGCUGUGAAGGACCCGAAGGGAUAUAGUGAAGUCUUGCAAUGGUUAUUCUUCGUUCACGGCGGUGUCGGUCCCAUGCAAGGCCAAGCAGGUCAUUUCAGCUUCAUCCCAGAGAAGAUCCCAUACGCCAUCAACCGCUACCAAAACGAGACAAAACGUCUCUACGGCGUCCUUGAAUCUCGUCUCUCAAAACAAGACUACCUCGUCGGGAAUGAAUACAGUAUCGCUGAUAUCAAGGCUUUCGGCUGGGCCCGCGCACUUGACCGUGUCGGACUUUCGUUCUCCGAGUUCCCGAAGGUUAAGGCGUGGGUGGACCGUAUUGAAGCGAGGCCUGCUGUUAAGGCUGGGUUGGCUGCAAUCUCGAACUGAAGGAUCAUAUGUAGAUCAGAGAGUAACGAAGAGCACAUAAAUAAAUUACGAGAUGGCUGUAGUUUACGGAGACGAAUCAUCAUCACGAGACGGGUUAC